AUGGAGGAGGUAACGGCCACCACCUCCACCCACGAGGCCUCCAUAAAAGAACUACGGGGACAAAUAACAUACUUGGAAGACAUGCAAGAGGACCUAAAUAACAGGUCCAGGCGUAAUAACAUUCGCAUCAGGGGGUUACCAGAAUCCUCAACGCCAGAAGUACUCACCACUAUGCUCCACAAAGCCUUCAGCAGCCUACUACCUGACGCCCCACCAUCAGACCUCCUCCUGGACAGAGCCCACAGGGCCCUCCGUCCGCCCUCCUCGAGUCCCACGCAACCUCGAGACAUCAUCAUCCGCUGUCAUUACUUCCACGUUAAGGAGGCGAUAAUGCGGGCGACAAGGGAGACCCCACUACAAAUGCAAGGUCAUACGGUACAACUAUAUCAUGAUCUAGCACCCACCACCCUGCGAAAACGGAGGGAGCUGAAACCAUUGACCCAAGCCCUACAAGCACAGAGGAUACGCUACUCCUGGGGUCAUCCCUUUAAUCUAACGGCACGUCACAACAACCGCACAUUCACGCUAACUAAACCGUCAGAGGCCCAAGACUUUGCUGUGCAACUAGGCAUCCACGACCUCAACGGAGAUCUGAACGCAGCCUCACAACAGCCUAUGCCACAACACCGACUGAGGGACCCGCAGCCUCAAAGAGACCGCAACAAAGGACAACACUCCUCACAGUCCCACGCCUAA